AGCAACUUUGUCAAAGUUUCAUUCGAACUUGAUUCGAACUGUAACCUGUUCAGUGUUGAGAGAUAGGCCUUUACGAUGUGCCGGUCGGACGGCCCACGGGUUGCGUGAUGGUUCACUGCUCCCUGCACGCGUCGCAAUUCUCAAAUAUAUACCCGCAAAACCAGUCGCGUGAAUAGUGACACCACACAGCUGCUUUUCGCUGCCUUGGACGCUGCUAGCAGGCUGCGAGCCGCCUACUGCAUUAUUGUCUUGCAAUGGGUAAUUGUUGUUCUCAAAAUCCGGCGGUAAGUUCAUGUCCUUCCAUUCAUUGUGUACGGUGGUCACAGAUUACCCUCGACAGACGGGAAAUGGCAAUCUCCAGCCUCAGGAUCACCGAGUUGCUUUCAAGGUUGAGCCACCCAAUAUUCCUGCGACAACCAUUCAAAGACUUGAACAAUUUGCUAAUGGUUCAGGAGGGCUCGGUGACGUCUGGAAAUGUUCUAUGUCUACACAAUCCGAGACUCGCACUGUCGCUGUCAAAUCAAUCAGGGUUCCUCACACAAGUGAUAUAGAACUAGUAAAAAGAACAUGCAAGAGAAUUCGCCGUGAGGCUUAUGUUUGGAUCAAGAUGUCACACGACCACAUCCUCCCUUUUGAGGGUGUCACCGAAGAUUUUGGGCCACUUCCUGCGCUAGUAUCUCCAUGGAUGGAAAACGGAUCACUGAACGAUUACUUAAGGCGCGAGUUUUCCAAACUGUCUGACCAUCGGAAACUAGAACUUAUACAACAAGUGGCUUCUGGCCUCAGUUAUCUGCAUGGGAGAGAUAUUGUGCACGGCGACUUGACAGGGACCAACGUUUUGGUCGAUAGCUCUGGUCGCCUCCGUCUCGCAGACUUUGGUCUAUCAAUAAUUCUUGCCGAGGCGGAAAACACCACAUUCAAUUCCUGUCAUCCAGGAAACACGCGUUGGAUGGCCCCUGAGGCGCUCGGGGACGAGAAGCCAACCAAAGCUGGGGAUAUCUAUUCGUAUGGCUGCGUGAUGUUGCAGAUCUUCUCAGGAAAGAAACCUUACGAGACGAUCAAAUCUGCAUUUGCCGUUAUGAGUGCAGUGUUUGAAGGGCGGGAGCCUUUCGACGGCAUACAGAGUUAUGGGGUGUAUGGACAGCUCUCAACGCGAUGUCUGAAUAGGAUAUCGGCAGAGCGCCCAACGAUCGACCAUAUCAUGCAGGUUCUGGGUCCUAAGAAUUAGGUUUUGUGUCGUCGUGAGAUAUCGGUGUGAUAUACUACCGAUCACAUGAGUUAUUGGCUACUAAAAUGUACAAUAUGAUAAUGAUAUUUCUCGUGUGCAGGCCUGA